GUUUGGUGGUGCUCGAUGAUUCAUCAUAUUCCCCGGUGGAAGCGGCAAGCGGCAAGCCGCAAGCCGCCCCGAGCUCCAAUUUCAUUGCGACCUGCAUUGACAGGCAGGGAGGUGGGUUGAAAACGGGUUUGCGCUCUGCCCGCGAUGCUCGGUUGCUGCAGCUUGACACACGACGAUGGCAUCGAUCGGGUGGUUCUUUUUUUCGCGAUGGAGUACGAUGGUUCAGGGGAUAUCGUGGAUGGGAAUCUGUGUCGGCGAGCACAGCGAGAUGGUCAAGGGUGUUGAAUUCGGUAAGCUCUUUUCGGCAGGUUUGACGGCGCUUUCUCAUGCAGUGCCAUGCCAAGGGCCCAGGGCAAGGCAGUCGGGAGUAUUCGUAUCCCAUUGCUGCUCGAGGAAAGCAGAAUCCGAUGAAUCAGAGAUGUGACAAAGACGAGCACUGCGUACGGUGUAGGAG